AUGGUCGCCGACGACCUGCGCAGCCUCGCCACCGUCGCGGCCGCGGUGAUCGCGUGCAUGGGCUACGCCCGCUUCACGGCGCGCCGGCUCCGCCCGGGCCUGCCCCGCCUUGCCGCGUUCCUCCCGGUGCUCGCCGUCUUGCCUUUCCUCCCGCUCGCCUUCCGUGCGCUCCACCCGCGCGCCAUCUCCGGGUUCUUCCUCGCCUGGGCCGCCGAGUUCAAACUACUGCUCCUCGCAUGCGGCCAGGGCCCGCUCCAGCCGACCCUCCCGCUGCCCACCUUCGUCGCCAUCGCCACCUUCCCCAUGACGCUACGGGAUCCCAAGAGCUCCACCGCGAGGCCGGGCCUGGGGCUCGUGGAGUCCGCCGUCAUGGCCGCGCUGCUCGCGGCCAUCGUGUCGCUGUACCGGUACGAGGAGCGGAUGAACGGGUACGUCCUGCUCACGCUCUACUCCGUGCACGUGUACCUGGCGCUGGAGCUCGUCCUGGCGGCGGCCGCGGCGGCGUCGCGCGCGCUGGUGGGCCUGGAGCUGGAGCCCCAGUUCGACCGGCCCUACCUCUCAGCCUCGCUGCGCGACUUCUGGGGCAGGAGGUGGAACCUCUCCGUGCCGGCGCUGCUCCGCCAGUGCGUGUUCCGCCCCGUGCGCGCGCGCCUCGGCGCCCCCGCCGGUGUGCUAGCCGCGUUCGUCGUCUCGGGACUGAUGCACGAGGCCAUGUUCUCCUACAUCACGCUGCUGCCGCCCACGGGGGAGGCGGCCGCGUUCUUCACGCUGCACGGGGCGUGCGCGGUGGCGGAGGGGUGGUGGGCCGCGCACGAGCGAUGGUCGCGCCCGCCAAGCGCCCUGGCCACGCCGCUGACACUGGCGUUCGUGGUCGUGACGGGUUUCUGGCUCUUCUUUCCGCCGAUCACGAGGCCCGGCGCUGACAAGCAGGUGAUCGCGGAGAGCGAGGCCAUGGUCGCGUUCCUGCGGGACGCCGCGGGCUUGGCGGUCGACUCCGCCUGGUCAAUCUUGUCAAGCUGGUCCUAA